UAAACAAAUGACUCCUGUAUUAGUAUUGUAAUCGUCCCUAAAUGUCAUAGCAGUUAAUAACAAUGCAAUCUUAUAAUAACCAUUAAGCAACGCUAUUGCUAACAUCGUAUAUUAUGUGGUCAGUUGGUUUAUCGUCUCCGGUAACGUGCUCAUGUUUCUUGAUCGGAAGUCAAGUAAUCUUAGAUAGAAUGAAUUGUUUAUUUACGCAAAGAGUAACGAGUGGGCUGAGAAGGAUACCAGUGGUUCUGCUUCAAAGAUCAUACUCCCAGAAGCAAUUGCCAACUUUAACUCUCUACACAAAGGAUCCUUGCCCUCUGUGUGAUGACGCUAAAGAAACACUUAAACCAUAUAAGCACAGGUUUCUGUUUCAGAUGGUAGAUAUCACAUUGCCAGAGAACAAAACAUGGUAUAAGAAGUACAAAUAUGAUAUUCCGGUAUUCCAUUUUAACGGACAAUUCCUGAUGAUGCAUCGAGUUGACACUGGACUACUGGAACAACACUUGACCAAAGCAGAGAAAGAAUAGAUAAGAUUUAGUUUUACUGAUAUAAAGAUUGUCAUUGUUUUGCAUCUUUAUUUUACAAAAAUGAAGCAUAAAGUAUAGCAUCGAUACACUGUAUUGUCCGAUAUGCAUUUGAAAUAGUAUUUUGGUGGAUAAUUGAUUGUCAUAUUUGAGAAUUCCAUUCCUCUCCAUAUCUACCAAUACAUAAGAUGUGAAUGAUACGUGAUACAUUUAGAUCAACUGCCUCAGACUUUAAUGUUACAUUUUGAGCUUUGAGUUUUUUCAAAAACUCUUUUUUAAUUGUAUUGUAAUACUCGAAUAUUUGUUGUUAUAUUCCACUUUUAAUUUAUAUUAAUUAAAAUGCAAAGUAAAAAUUUGGUUUU